UCUUAAACUUCCACCCAUAAGAACAUGUAUAUAGCUAGAAAAUCAGCAGCAAUUGUUUAUAUUGACUGUCUAGAUCCUAGAUCUAGAGAGAUCUAUACUAGAGUCUAGUCUGUUUCUACUACACAUAGAAGUAGGGCCUACAAUGAACAUAUUUGAACAUCGACUCUGUAUAUUUGCUUUUUACUCAAGAUUGUCCAUUUUACUUCUUCAGUUUGUUUCAAAUUUUCUUGUUCCUGACCAUGAUGCUAAAGUUUUCAACCCACCUCCAGAGCUGGAUGAUAACUCCUGGCUAGACCAACUUGUUCUCUACUUUGUUGGUGGUCUAAGAAGAUGGGAUGCUGUUUAUUUUACACACAUUAUGCAAUAUGGAUACACAUAUGAAAAUUGUGUGGCAUUUUUUCCUUUUUAUCCUUUACUUGUGUCUAAUUUUUCCAAAGCAUUUUCCUUUGGGCUACUGAACUUCAGCUCUUGUCUCCUGCUUGUGGGAGUUGUUGUAAACAUUCUAUUAUUUGUUGCCACAUCACUGGUGUUAUAUAGGUUAGGUAAAUUAGUGCUGAGCACAGACAAGGAAGCAUUUUAUGCCAGUUUGCUAUUUUGUAUUAAUCCAGCAAGUAUUUUUAUGACUGCUCUUUAUUCAGAAGUAUUGUUUUCAUUUUUGUUAUUUUCUGGUCUGCUGGCCCUGAAUCAUGAUAAGAAAAUACUUUCUGCAUUCUUAAUAGGACUAAGUAUUUUUACAAGGUCAAAUGGAUUGAUUGCGAUUGGAUUCAUUGCCCACUUGAUCAUUAAAUCAUCAAUUCAUACAUUUCUAAAGCUCAAAGCAACAUCUGUAAAAUGCUCUAGUAUUUUCAGUUUGGUUUUUAAAACUGUGAUAGAAGUAUUAUUUUAUUCUUUUAUUUGUGUCAUUCCAUUUUUUAUAUUUCAAUACUACAUUUAUGUCUUGUAUUGUAAAUCCUCCCCAGAUUGGCCAAAGCAUGUCAUAGACUAUGGCCGGUCUAAAGGGUAUAAAUUAGCAGGUGAUGAGCCUUCAUUGUGGUGUAAUGAAACAAUCCCACUCUCCUAUUCCUAUAUACAGAAGCAUCAUUGGAAUGUUGGGUUUCUUACAUAUUACACUUUGAAGCAGCUACCAAACUUUCUUCUUGCCCUUCCUGUUCUCCUCCUCAGUUUUAGGGCCUGCUCUUUCUAUAUUAAAAACAAUGUUAUGUCGUUUUGUUUUCUUGGUCUUACUUGUUCCAAUAACAACGGUAGCAGUGGAUCGUCACAUGUGGAAAUUUCAGACAGCAAUCGUGAAGAUGAAAAGCAGAGGAAUAGAUUUCUGCUUGAUAAAAAAAUUGAAAACUAUGCUGGAGGCCAAUGGGAUGAAGUUAACAGCAACAAAAAACUGAAAUGUGAAAAAAAUAGUUGCAGGCAAACAGAUCUGAUUGUGUAUGUUUAUCAUCUAGCGUUUCUCACCAUUUUUGGCUGCUUCUUCAUGCACAUUCAGGUUCUCACACGAAUGCUGUUUUCAUCAAGCCCUCUAUUAUACUGGUACGUCGGCACUUUGUUCAUCAACGGCAGUCGCAGGUUUAAACCCUCAUCCCCUGCUGACAAGAAAACAAGAGAGGCAGAAAGUUUCAAGCAGGGCAUAAAUCUUCCUCAGUUCCUACAAAGUCUUCUUUCACUUUUCAAACUCACGUUCAUCUCAGAGGCAUUUAAAAAUUGGUACUGCUUAAAUGGGGAGUUUCGUGCCAUCUUUGUUUAUUUUCUGACCUACUCUGUGCUUGGAACUGUUAUGUUUUCCAAUUUUCUUCCAUGGACUUGAAGCUUUAUGUUGUUUUUUUAUAGAAAUAAAUGAAUUGAUCUGACAUGUCAGUUUCUUAAUUGAUUGUAUUAAUGAUAAUUUGCAUUUUAAUGUAUGAAAUUAGAACAAACAUUGCAGCAUAGUUUAGUUUAUUUAUGUUAUUUAAAACGGUGGACUGUGCUUCUGUUAUACAAUUUUCCGUACAGAGUUAUAACUAGUCGGUUUAGUCUUGCUUUCUAUUUGUUGUUUAUUACAUUCUUGAAUUUUGAAUUCUUUAUUUAUUUAAGUUAUGACUUAUGGACUUCAGGUUGUAUUCAUAAAGUGGAACAUAGUGACACAUUUCUUAAUAUCAUAAUAUCAGCAGAAGGGCAGUAAAGUUAUUUAUCCCCACUCCUGCUCAACUAACUCUAUUUAAUCAUGUUUUUGUGGAGAAAUUAAUACAUUUUGUGUGAACAAAAAUCAAUUUAACAAUUAAUUAAUUAUCCAUCCAUCCAUCCCAGUGGAACUAUAGGCAGACCAAGAAGGGCUCUGGCCUGCUUCAACACAUCCCUCCAUUCAGAUCUUUACUGGGCCUUUCGUCCUAACCCCAAGCUGUUGCAGAUCUGCCUCCACAUCACGAAUCCAUCGCAUUUGGGGUCUGCCUUUGGGUCCCCUUCCUUUUGUUUUUUGCAUUAAUUAAUUAUACAUGUUUUUUUAUUGAUAUGUCAAAGCCCUUUUCUAAUUUGAAAUUCAGCAUUUGAAGCAAGUCAACAAUGGGGACAAAUAUCUAAGAAUUAGUAGUAAAUAAAAAGGUGAAGGGGCGCUAUCUGUUUAACAUCUUCUCAAGGUCACAACUUUUUUUUUUACUUUGUAAAAUUUUGUAUCUUGAUAUGUAUAAUCAUAUUGAGAUUAAAAAAAAAAAAAGACUUUAUUUUAUGUAUGUAUUUAUUGAAGUAUGAAUGGAGCACAUGAGAUCAAAAUAAAUUUGAUUUUUUGUUU